AUGGUAGGGCUUGAUGCAGCUGGUAAAACCACCAUUCUGUAAAAACUCAAGCUAAACGAGACUGUAAGCACCAUUCCUACAAUUGGAUUUAAUGUGGAGACUGUGAGCCCAUGCAAGGGUGUCACGUUCACCGUCUGGGAUAUGGGAGGCCAAGAGAAGCUCAGACCAUUGUGGCGCCACUAUUUCAAGAACACACAGGGCUUGAUAUUCGUGUUAGACAGCUCUGAUUUGGAGCGAAUGUCAGAAGCCCGGCAAGAACUUUUCAGCGUCCUUGAAAGUGUUGAAAUGGAACGUGUGCCUGUGGUUGUCAUCGCCAACAAGCAAGAUCUUCCAAGAGCACUCAAGGCUCACGAAAUUGCUCAACAACUGUCCCUCUUGCAGCAUAAAGUGAACCCAUGGCAUGUUCAAGAAACCUGUGCUAAGAAUGGCGAGGGUAUAUACGAAGCUGUG